GAUGUACUCUUUGGAUUUUUUUAGGUAAAUGUUUUGAAUUUGUCAUGGAGGGUGAUAAAAUUUUUAGUAGAUAGUUAUUUCCAUGUUAUGAUUUGUAAUUAUUUAACAUGCCUGAUUUCAAGCCAGUAACACACGUUAUAUUUGAUUGCGAUGGACUUUUAUUAGACUCGGAAACGAUGUAUGAGCAGAUAUACUCGGAGCUCGCGAGCGUGCAUGGUAAGGAGUUCACGUGGGAGCUGCGAAUGACCUUGCUCGGGGUGCCGGAGGCAGACUCCAGCGUGAUUCUCGUGGAGAAGCUCGAGCUGCCCAUCACGUCCGACGAAGCUAACGAUUAUCUGCGCCAGAGGGAGAGAGAACUUCUUCCUACGGUGGGUCUCAUGCCUGGGGUGGACAGGUUAGUGAGGCAUCUGGUGGCGAACGAAGUCCCGAUAGCAAUCGCAACGAGCAGCAGCAUCGAAUCCAUGGAACUGAAAAUGUCUGCCCACGGGGACUUCUGGAGCUUGUUCAACCACACGGUGACAGCUUCCGACCUAGCCGCGAUAAGGGGGAAGCCGGCGCCGGAUAUCUUCCUGAUGUGCGCGAGAAGGUUCCCGGCGACGCCGCGGCCAGAAGCCUGCCUGGUCCUGGAAGCUGAGCCGAAUGGCGUGCUGGGGGCGCUGGCGGCCGGCAUGCAGGUCGUGAUGGUCCCCGACCCCAGGAUCCCCGAGGCGGAGAGACCUGCGACCCUCGUCCUGUCCUCCGUGGAGGAGUUCCAGCCCCAGCUGUUCGGUCUGCCGGCUCUCUAACAGCGUUGCGUACUCCGUGCCCAUUUCCGCUCCAAUGCUUCUUUCCAGCCAUAUUUGCCUUAUUAAAAACUUUGUCUUGAGCGA